AGACGUUGCCAGUACGUGAAUGCAAUCGUGGACAAGCCGCAUUGUGUACAGAAUUAAUAAAAUAUUAAAGAAAUGCCGGAGAAAGUAGAUUUUGAUCGAUAUAAAUUGACGGAUGUGGCUGUUAACGAUGGUUUAGAUGGAAAGCCUUGUUGGAUUAUAAUCAAAGAUUCAGUGUACGAUGUGACCAAUUACUUAGACGAUCACCCAGGUGGUGGCGAAUUAAUAACUGAAUGGGCUGGACGAGAUGCAACUAAAGGAUUCGAUGAUUUUGGACAUUCGGGGGAUGCGAAAAAGUUGUUGAAGCAAUUGAAAAUUGGUGAACUAGUUGAAGAGGACAAGAAAUCUAAUAGGAACAAUACAAAUGGAAAAACAAGUCAAAACGUUUAUGCCGAUGUAGCGAAGAAAAAGAAAAGUUUCAAAUGCUUCUUUUGCGUAUGAUCACGAAUUAAUCAAUCAGGAAUGUUCGUCUCUAACUAUAUAUGUCUGCAGAUUGAUUUUACACUAAU